AUGACUCCUGAGCAAUGGAUCAAACGCUACGCUCAUGCAUGGGAAACCAGCAGUACGUAUGAAAUCAGUUGUCUCUUCUCCCCCGACGCUUCAUAUCGCUCCUUCAUCUUCCGCGAGCCCCAUGUCGGCCGUGAAGCUAUCCAGCUCUAUUGGGACGAGACCGCAGGCCGCCAGAAAGAGGUAAAAGUUAGAAUGGGGAACCCCAUCGUCUCCGGGAGCGGGCCGAGUGGCUCCAGUCGGGUGGCAGUGGAAUGGUGGACUACAAUGGUGGACCCGGAGAAGGGACCCGUUUCCUUGCCAGGCGUUUUACUACUGAAAUUCACCGAGGAAGGGAUGUGCAGGGACCUCUGGGAAUACUGGGAGGUCAAAAAAGGAAUGGAAGAACCACCAGUGGGCUGGGGCAAAUGA